CAUCUUAUCCGCUUCUAACAGACCAAUCACAAGUCGGGAGUGGUGAAGGUUGAACCAAGGCCUCAUAACAGAGGCGCUCACAAUUCACAGACACUUCAGACAUGGCAGGAAUUUUUGGGACUUCUUCUUCGUCAACGGCAAUCUUGGCUUCUAGACCUCUCUCUUCUACUUCCAAGUCCUCCAUUCCCUCUUUAUCUCUCCCUCUUUGUACAUGGCGGAGUCAUGGAAGGAAAUUAUAUGGAGGGGUUGGAGUUCAGCUUAAGAAAGGCAGGUCCCAGUUCCAUGUUGCUGUUUCCAAUGUUGCCACUGAAAUCAAUCCUGCUGAAAAGGCCCAAAAGCUUGCCGCUGAAGGAAGCCAGAGGCCAGUGUAUCCAUUUGCUGCUAUAGUAGGACAAGAUGAGAUGAAGCUAUGCCUUCUUCUAAAUGUGAUAGAUCCCAAGAUUGGAGGGGUGAUGAUCAUGGGUGAUAGGGGAACGGGAAAAUCCACUACUGUUAGGUCCCUGGUGGAUUUGCUUCCAGAAAUCAGAGUGGUUUCAGGUGACCCAUUUAACUCUGAUCCAGAAGAUUCAGAAUCCAUGGGAAUGGAAGUCAGGGAGAGCAUUUUGAAAGGGGAGCAACUUUCCAUUGUGAUGACCAAAAUCAACAUGGUUGAUUUACCACUGGGUGCAACUGAAGAUAGAGUCUGUGGGACAAUUGACAUUGAAAAGGCUCUGACAGAGGGUGUGAAAGCUUUUGAGCCUGGGCUUCUUGCUAAAGCCAAUAGGGGAAUUCUUUAUGUGGAUGAAGUUAACCUUCUGGAUGAUCAUUUAGUGGAUGUUCUUCUGGAUUCUGCUGCCUCAGGAUGGAACACUGUUGAAAGAGAGGGAAUUUCAAUUUCACAUCCUGCUCGGUUUAUUCUCAUUGGCUCAGGCAACCCUGAGGAAGGGGAGCUCAGGCCACAGCUACUUGACAGAUUUGGAAUGCAUGCACAAGUGGGAACUGUGAGGGAUGCAGAGCUCAGAGUUAAGAUUGUGGAGGAGAGAGCUCGGUUUGACAAAAAUCCCAAGGAAUUCAGGGAUUCUUAUAAGGCCGAGCAAGAGAAGCUCCAGCAACAAAUUUCCUCUGCUAGGAGUGAUCUUUCCUCUGUUCAGAUUGAUCAUGAUCUCCGUGUGAAAAUCUCCAAGGUUUGUGCAGAGCUAAAUGUUGAUGGAUUAAGAGGGGACAUAGUGACAAAUAGAGCAGCAAAAGCACUGGCUGCUCUGAAGGGAAGAGAUAAUGUAACUGCAGAGGAUAUUGCUACUGUCAUUCCAAACUGCUUAAGACACCGUCUUCGGAAGGAUCCCUUGGAGUCAAUUGACUCUGGAUUACUUGUCAUUGAGAAAUUCUAUGAGGUGUUUAGCUGAGCAAGGUAUAUAAAUGACCCUUUUUCUGUCACUUUCAUUGAGCAGUUCUGUUAUUCUGUUUUUUUUUUUUAUUUGCUUUUUGGUAUUUUCAUUCUCUUUUCAAGCGAAUCAUAUAUGAGAUCUGUGGAGUAUAGACAGGCUAUUCAUGUUAUCAUUAAACUGUCUUAAGCUUACUUCUAUGAAGUUCAGGAAGAAUGAAGAGUUCAGUUGAAGGGAAAAUUCUAUAUGCA